UUCAACAAACUAAAAACAAACCUCCCACCUUCCUCACGUACACCCCAUAAUUUCAACCAACUAACCCAACCAUCGUCUCCUCCAGACAACCAUGCCGAGAGAUCGGGACCCUCUAGUUGUUGGGAGAGUCAUCGGCGACGUCGUCGAUUCGUUCUCGAGGUCCAUUUCGAUUAGGGUUACUUACAGUAGUAGGGAAGUUAACAAUGGUUGUGAGCUCAAGCCGUCUCAGGUUGUCAACCAGCCAAGAGUUGAGAUUGGAGGCACUGAUCUUCGCACCUUCUUCACUCUGGUUAUGGUGGAUCCUGAUGCUCCUAGCCCAAGUGAUCCUAAUCUUAGGGAAUACUUGCAUUGGUUGGUGACUGAUAUUCCAGCUACAACAGGGGCAAACUUUGGCCAAGAGAUAGUGUGUUAUGAGAGCCCAAGACCAACGGUGGGGAUCCAUCGCUUUGUGCUCGUGUUGUUUCGACAGCUAGGAAGGCAGACGGUGUACGCCCCCGGGUGGCGCCAAAACUUUAACACUCGAGACUUUGCGGAGCUUUAUAAUCUGGGUUUACCAGUUGCUGCGGUUUAUUUCAACUGCCAAAGGGAGAGUGGAUCUGGUGGAAGGAGAAGAGUUCAAGACGAUUAUUGAAAACUUGUUAAAUGUCACAUAAACUUAU